GCUCGAGCCACUCGACUCGACCGAUUCGACACCGACGAAAGAGGGCGAAAACCAUGGGCUCCUCCUCGAGCAACGGCCGGACCGCGCCCGCGCCGCCGCCUCCGGCUGCGCCUGCGCCGCCGCACCCACUCCACGUGAUGGACGCCGACGAGGAGGACGAGAACGUGAAGCAGCUCAGCGAGUGCGCCGCCCUCUACCUCUCCCUCCAGGAUUGCCUCGUGGAGUCCAACCGCAGCUGGAAGGCCUGCCAAGCACAUGUUCAAGCCUUGAAAGCAUGUGAGGCAAAGAGAAACAAAAGUGAAACAAGAUAAAAUUAUUUUGCAAUAUUUGGCACUAAUACCAGUCUGCUUUUGGAAGGUUUAUCAUAUUCUUCAUUGAGGAUGGCGACACCAUAGGCAGCGUGUUUAGAGCUGUUAGCUGAUGAUGGAGAAGGUCUACAGCAUCAUAACCUGGAGUUAACUUGUUAAAAGAACCUGUAGUUAGAUUUCGACCGAAAGGACACAGGAUGAGCUCGCCACGUUAACUGAACUUGCUUGAUUGUUUCUGGUGGCAGUCGCUGUUUCUUCACAUUUUCAUGAAAUGAGACAAUAUCAGCAUUACAUGCGCCUUUGGAUAACUGCUGAUAUGAGUUCAUAGCUUAAGAUUAUCAUUGUUGCUGAGAUGCCUUUAGGCUUUUCCAA